CAACCCCACUCCCCCGCCCCCUCCCCCCGACGACUACCAUAAAAGCACCAUAACAAAGUUGUUGUUGUGGCUCUGGAAUGCUGCGAAAAUGCGCAUAAAUACCGAGUGAAAAAAUACUAUACCACAAGCGAAAAUUGCCCUAAAAAUAAACCGAAGUCCUCUGGAAAGGAUUUGCCCAAAAAAUCGAAGGAAACAAAAAUAUUUCAAAAAAAUUAACUCAACCAGAAAAUGUUUCUAGCUCUUUGAGAAGGAGAGAGCGCGGGAGAGUGCCAGUCGAAGGAGAGCGAGAGCGAGCUUCGGGAGAGGAGAGAGAGAGCUGCUCCGAGCAGCGUGGCGAAAUUCACCACGAUAAAAUACAACAAAAAAAGAGACAACAAAAAAUACUUUCACUCUCGCCAGAACGCGGCGGCGGGUGGCAGGCAAAGGCAGGAAGCGCAUAAACUGACAGACAGCGAAGAGAAAGAAGAAAAGGAAGAGGAAGAGGAAUAGGAAUAGGAAGGGAGAGACUAAGAAGCAGAAACAGAAGAAGAAGAAGAUUCAGCAGAAACAGUGCUGGAGAGAGUGAGAGAGGAACAGUGAGUGAAAGCAAGGAACACAUCCGCAGUGCAAAGGGAAAACUUUUUGCAUGCCACAAGCAGCAGCAGGAACGGCAGCGGCAGCAGCAGUAGCAGCAGCUGACUGUUGCAGAAAGCCUGACAGCGGGACGGCUGCAGCAGGAUCCGGACAACACUGUUGCGGACAGGACACGCGUCCGGUCCUGUCAUAAUCAGUUCAAUAGAAGCCUCUAGCAAACAGCGGCUCAGCGGAUACGUCGGACACACCCGAACAAGCGCAGCAAGAGGCAACUUUAAUGUAUCCUUAGAAUUCCAGACAGCUCCAGCAGUGUAAUGCGCCUUGGGGGAAGUGGCAUACCAUACGACGGCGACCCCCUGACAAUGAGCGCAGCUGGCAACGAUUAUGCCGAACUAUGCGAUCUUGGACCCUCACGUUGGAGUGCACGAGCCUACGGAUACCAUGGCGGAGCAGCGUCGGGACUUGGCCUUGGCGGCCCCAGUGGCGGGGGCGGCGGCGGCAUCGGCGGACUGGCCGGGCUCAUUUCGGGCGCCACCCAAUCAUCAUCCAGCGUGCCGACUGGCGGCUCGCAAGGACUCAGUGCCCACCAUAUGCGGAGCAGUGCGGGUGCUCCUAGCAGCUACGAGGCCGAGGACAUCGGCUUGGCCUUCGGCAUGAUCAGUCCACCGCCCGGCAGCGGCGGCCCCUACGGGGGCUCGGGGGCAACGGGCAUGGGCGGCGGGUCGCGUGUGGGGAAUAGCACGAGCUCGCUGCGCGCCGGUGGCGGAGCUGUGGGCGGAGGCCGCUCGGGGCUCUACUACUCCCCGCCCGGCACCUCGUACACAAUCGUGGAGCGACCCCACUCGCCCCACUACUACUUCAACUCGGCGGGGGUGCCCACCAAGGGGGGCUCGCUGCCGGGACGCGGCUCCGCGUACCUCAGCUCCUCACCCGCCAGCCACAUGGCCGCCGGCACGGCGGGCACCCUGCCCACCUCGACGGCGGCCAGCGGGCGGUCGGCCAUGGGCAACGGCAACAAGAAGCGCCCCAUAUCGCCGGAGCAGGUGCUCCGCAUGUUCGGCGCCACCCAGUCGUCUUCAGUUCCUACGAGUAGCUAUCACUACAGCAAUGGCGGCACACGCGAUCGCACCGGACGACGCAGUCCGGCCAGCAGUCCGCCCUCGACGACGCAUCAGAUCUAUCGGGAUCGUGAGCGGGAAAGAGAUCGCAGUGUUCCGAACAUCCACGAACUAACGACGCGAACCGUUUCCAUGUCUCGGGAUCAGCAGAUCGAUCAUGGCUUCGGUAUCUGUGUCAAAGGAGGCAAAGACUCAGGCUUGGGCGUCUACAUCUCACGCAUCGAGGAGAAUUCGGUGGCCGAGCGCGCCGGACUGCGACCCGGUGAUACAAUCCUAGAGGUGAACGGCACCCCAUUCACCUCAAUCAAUCACGAGGAGGCGCUGAAGAGAUGUGUGCAGAUAUUGAAAUCGUCACGUCAAAUCAGUAUGACGGUGAGAGCCCCGCCCACGCUGAACUCGACGGCGCCGCUCCAUGGAUUCGGACCACCCUCCCGCGACCCCAUGUACGCGUCGAUGGCACCACCCCUGCAUCCACAGAAUCAAGCGGCGGCGGCCUCGGGACAGGGCCUGCCCUUCCGGCAGACCUGCUCCUGGAUGGAUCGGCACGGCAGGCCCGCCUCGCCGCCCAUGGAGUACGGGGGCCGACGGAGCGACCGGCGCGAUCGGAUACGUCGCGUGGAGCUGCUCAUAGAGCCGGGACAGUCCCUGGGCCUGAUGAUACGCGGCGGCGUGGAGUACGGCCUGGGGAUCUUUGUCACCGGCGUCGACAAGGACAGUGUGGCCGAUCGGUGUGGUCUGAUGAUCGGCGACGAGAUCCUCGAGGUCAACGGCCAAUCGUUUCUCGAUGUGACGCACGACGAGGCCGUUGGUCAGUUGAAAUACCACAAGCGCAUGUCGCUGGUGAUACGUGAUGUGGGCAAAGUGCCGCAUUCCUGUACCUCCAUCGAGAUGGAGCCCUGGGAUGCCUACAGUCCAACAGGCACAAGGGCACGCCGAAAAGGUCAGAUUGCGACCAUGGUGGAGGAGAAGGCCCGCUCUCUGCUGCCCCGUCAUCACUUUGCAAGCCUCUCCUACUAUAUUGCAGAGUAUAGUGGGAAAGCAAUGACCAUAGAUGCCUUUGUUGCCGUCUUACUAGAGAUGUUAGAUACGUACGAAAAGCACACGCUAGUGACGGAGAUCCGAGAACUCGUGUUCCCCGAGGAUCGCACGCGAUACGAUGAGCUCGUCUAUCGCCGGGAACGCGAUCCUUAUAGCGUGGACAGGCAUCGGCGUAAGGGAGACCCCGCCCGUGAUUUGCCGGUAACAGCUGACGAUUUGGAGAUUAUAGCCGCCACCGGACGUAGUCCCUCAUCGGACUCGGGACUGGGCAUGACCGUAACGGAUAUACACAAACGACCCGCAAUCCAGUUGCCAUAUCGGCCCAUGUCGGCGGGACCAAUACUGCAUCGCGCACAGCCAGCAUCACAUUAUCAGACAGCAAGUAACCAAUCUUCAUCAUCAUUAUCGCCACCACCACCACCCCAACAACAACAACAACAACAACAACAGCAACAACAACAGCAACAACAGCAGCUAAAGCAUCAGAAACAGCAACAGCAUCAGCAACAGCAACAUUAUCCACCUCAUCAUGCCUCAUUGCGUCAUCUGGGUGGCAUCAACAUCAACAGCAUCAGCAGCGGCAACGUGGGAUCUGUGCCUGUGCGUCAUCAUCAUCCUCACGAACAGUUGGGACCAAAUCAGUUGCAAUUCAAGCAAACCAAAGACAAUCAGCAACAGGAAUACGGCUGUGAUGAGCAUAGAACUAGAGCUCGCCGUGGAAGCGAAACCCUAUUACCGGAAUACGAACAAGAUACGGAACAGGGCGGCUACUUAGAUGGACUACGUUCACAUUUGGGUGGUUUAACACAACGUGUCAAAUCAUGGUAUUGGGGACGACCUCUAGAGUUGGCCACAAAACUCUCAAGGAGUUUCGAUAUGAAGGAAGAAGGCGGCACAUUGCUGGGCGAUAAAGGUGUACGAAGGCAUCAGUCCAUGCAGCGUCUGUCGGCUGAGCAGAAUGGUGGUUCAACGACUGAACAAACACAUGAACACAAUCCAAACGUCGUACCUGAUCAUAGAGGCAACUUACACAUUACAGUUAAGAAAACCAAACCAAUUUUAGGUAUUGCUAUCGAAGGUGGUGCUAAUACAAAACACCCGCUCCCUAGGAUAAUCAAUAUCCAUGAAAACGGUGCAGCAUUUGAAGCGGGCGGCCUGGAGGUCGGGCAACUGAUACUGGAGGUAGAUGGAACAAAGGUUGAGGGUCUACAUCAUCAGGAGGUUGCUCGACUGAUAGCCGAGUGCUUUGCUAAUCGUGAAAAGGCUGAAAUAACCUUCUUAGUUGUCGAAGCAAAGAAAUCAAAUUUGGAACCGAAGCCAACAGCGUUGAUAUUUUUAGAAGCCUAACAUUUGCUUGCCCUGCCGGCCAGUGACCCAUU